AUGACUCUCUCCAACGAAUUUGAAGCUGCACAGCAUGCCGAUUUUCCUUUAGAGGAGGAUGAGAUUGAUAUAGUGGGAGAGGAUGAGCCUUCCCACGGCCAGGUCUAUGGAAGGGAAUGCUCUACGGACCCGGGCUCCUCAGCAGAGUCUGGUGCUGAAUUUGACUGCUCCGAGCCCGACUCUUCUGGUGAGAGCGAGAACAGUUUCUGCGCAGACGCACCACCGUCCAGGAAAGCCCAGAGCAGCUCGGUGAAGCCCCCCUACUCCUACAUUGCCCUCAUCACCAUGGCUAUCCUGCAGAGCCCGCUGAAGAAACUGACGCUGAGUGGCAUCUGUGAUUUCAUCAGCAACAAGUUCCCCUAUUACAAAGACAAGUUCCCCGCUUGGCAAAACUCCAUUAGGCACAACCUGUCCCUCAACGACUGUUUCAUCAAGAUCCCAAGGGAGCCUGGCAACCCGGGCAAAGGAAACUACUGGUCUCUAGACCCUGCCUCAGAGGACAUGUUCGACAACGGCAGCUUCCUCCGUCGCAGGAAGCGGUUCAAGAGAAACCAGCCGGAGUUUGGUAAAGAUGGACUUAUGUUUUACUCGAACUUUUACCGACCUUACGGACAACCAUAUUGCGUCCAAGGCCAUGUGAGCCCCCCGCCUGCUGCCCCCGUUCGGUACAUGCCCCUUCAAGAGGGUAUCGUGAUGCCCCCUUCCUCAUAUCACCUCCCGUCCCCCAGUCUGAGCAGCCACGGGAAGGUCAGUGGCCCUGACGACUUCAGAGCGCAACUUUGCGCAACAGAGCCUGCAGAGUCCAAACCUGCGGCUGACGCGCAGGCAAAGUGCUCCUUCAGCAUUGACAGCAUCAUGAGCAAACCAUCUUACAUCGCUCCACAGCACCUAAAUCCCCAGCAGAACCACUUUCGUGCUAUUGGCUAUGCUCCCCUCCUGACGGGCCCUGCUGCCUGUUUGGUUCCGACGCUCCUCCAGGCUCCCAGGACUCCCUUCUGUCCUCCCACCGUGCUCAGCACCGCGCCCUCAAUAACAGAGCAUCUCAAACUGUCAUACCCUCGCUGCUGA